AUGAAAUCGACCGAGAUGAACACCGCUAUCGCUAACAUGGACGAUACCGACGAGAUGCUGAUCCUGAGUCUCUAUGGUGUCUCAUUGGCAAAGGCUAAGGCCGCCUUGGAGAAGCAUGUCCGAAGAUUUGCUGGUGAGAAAGUCUCCGAUGACGAUGGCGAGGACGUUGCUAUAGGAGGUACCCCUGAUGCCGACCAGGGGUACGAGGAUGAAGAUGAGGACCAAGGUGACGAGGCCGAUGAGGCGGAGCUGAUUGAUGGCGAUGGAGCCGACAAGCAUGACGACAAUGUCGCUGACAAGGUUACAGAAAAUGUCGCCGGCAAUACUGCCGACAAUAUCGCCAGCAAUGAUGAUGGCAAUGACGCCGACAAUGAUCUGGUGAUCAUCGACGAAAGGCCAGUCACAGCGAUCCUGACGGAAAAGCCCAGAGAAAACGAACACAUGGUUGAUCUGUGUUCCGAGGGUUUCCGUGCUCUCAUGGCCCACUUGGGCACAAACCUGCGGUAUCUCAAUGUUCACGCCUGUCGCCACGUCUCAGCUGCGGCUUUCGAGAGGGGGACGAGGAGGAUGAGGCGAGCGUUGCCCAAAGCGUCACCACGAACAAGGCCAGGAGCAACAUCACGGACGGACGCCACCGAGGAGAUCAAGAGAGUGAGCACGUGCGGCUCCAACAAUGACCGGCAGAUGAUCCAGUACAUCUGGAACGGAAGCUAUUGGGUGCCAGAGGCGGUCUUUACGGAGGACAAAGUGUACCCGCAGCUGUCGAAGCUGGAGAUCAGCUUUUGUGAGGAGGUCACCGACUUCGUCGUCGGUUCCAUAUUCCGAAAAUGCUGUUCAGCUCUCCAAAGAGCUGAACCGACGAGAUGUGACAGGAGCAGCAAGAUCGGGUCUUGGCCAGUGCCGAACGAAUGGUGUUCAAGCACGCACACGGCGACCUGCGGCGGAAGAGAUGAGACAGAAAAACAACAGUACGAAAGGUGCGCAUUUCCUCUCAAGGUCGCAGCUUGCGAGCUCCGCGGCAAAUGGACCCUUCUGACCGAGCUGCAAGCUAUGCGCGAGAAGGCGGAAGGAGUCAAGACGGUGGGAGGAAGCAAGGCAGCGGAAGGAAGCAAGAAGCUGAAGAGAGAAAACAAGGACAGCACGAAGAAGGAAAAAAAGAUGCGCAAGUUGAUGCGCAGGCUCAAGGAGCUGGAUGCAGACUCAUCUUCGGCCGACGAUUCGAGUAGCCCCACCCAGAUCACCUGGUCAAAGAGGGAAUGCUGA